UGAUUGAUAACUCGUGCAUUCUCGGAGAAACCGCAAGGGAGCGGGAGGAGAGAAAGUGCGAGAAGAUGCAGAUCUUCGUGAAAACCCUGACGGGUAAGACUAUAACCCUAGAGGUAGAGAGCAGCGAUACCAUUGACAAUGUCAAGGCAAAGAUCCAAGACAAGGAAGGAAUUCCUCCUGAUCAGCAGCGGUUGAUCUUCGCCGGAAAGCAGCUAGAAGAUGGCCGAACCCUUGCUGACUACAAUAUCCAGAAAGAGUCUACAUUGCAUCUGGUUCUGAGGCUUCGAGGAGGAAUUAUCGAGCCUUCUUUGAUGGCUUUGGCUAGGAAAUACAACCAGGACAAGAUGAUCUGCAGGAAGUGCUAUGCACGUCUGCAUCCCAGGGCUGUAAAUUGUCGGAAGAAGAAAUGUGGUCACAGCAAUCAGUUGAGGCCAAAGAAGAAGAUCAAGUGAGCCCUUGUUGAGACUUGUUUGCAUAAGGUGGGGACAUCGGAGGAUGAAAUAUGGACUAGUCUACCCACAAAUAGAUUGCUUAGAUUCAAAAAUGGAUUUUGUUCUAUGUUUUUUCUUUUUAAUGCCUUGACUUGACUGCUACACUUUUGGUUAAGACUUGAGGAGAUGCAAGGUUUAUGUUAUUAAACAGUUUUCCCCAUGGUUUUAAUGAUAUCGUUGCUGAUAAAAAUGUCAUCUGGAUUC